CUCUUCAUCAUCUGCUGCUACACCGGCCUCUCACAAAACGAAAUCGAAAAAGGAAAAGAAAGGACAACGUUACAUGAAGUAUUACUUCGAACUACAACAAGGCGGAAUAACGAUAAGUGUCAAAACUAAAGGUCGCAGUGCAGUGAUGUCACAGAGUUGAGGACUUUCCCAAACAAUAUGGAGUCUGGAGAGCGGCUGGCCUCCCCUUCCACCACCACAGUCUCCGUACACACCACCCCGUCAUCUUCCUCCUCCUCUUCCUCUUCCUCCUCCUCCUCCUCUUCCACAUCUUCAUCUCCGGCCUCAAAUGCCAAGAACAGCCUGAAUCUUGCAGCUACGGCCUCACUCAGUACCUGUGGUCCGCUGUUUGGGACGGGGAGCGAGCAGCCUUUCAGUGUGAACUCUUUGCCCGGUGCCUUCCCACUAAUGGGCCAUCCAGCCUUUGGCCUGCUCUCCUCUGGCUCAAGCCGCCCGGAGUUCGGAGGCCUGGGAGCACUGGGGGUCUCUGCAGCUCUCUCUGCCCACCCUCAGCUAGGAGCAUUUUCAGAAUGGUGGAGGGCAGCAGACGCACAUGGGCGGAGUCCCGCCGCCUUCUUCCCCCCGUUCCUUGGGCUACCCCCGAUAUUCGCCCCUACAGUACAGAACCACGAGACCAAUCCUUUCCAGUCCAGGAACCACGGCAAAAGCAGCCGGGCAAGCCCAAAAGGCAUGAAUGGCGCUGUGAAUGGAAACGCGGUGUCCUCCUCUACCACUAGAGGGAGCAUUUCCGCUACCCCGUCUUCGACAUUCAGGCCCUCGGAGCAAAACCGGGCCACCAACACGAAACCCCGGGGACAGAAGGCCAGUCACCUCGGUAAUAAUACGGAAGAGAUCCAGGAGAAAUCUUCCCAGAAGACUAAAGAGAAGAAACCUCGUAAGAAGCACGGGGAGGGAUCUGGUGUGAGUGACAGCGAAUCUGGAUCCUCCUUGGAUAGCGAUAGCGAGGGCGUGAGCAGUAGUGACCUGGAUGACCUGGGGGAGGAGGAGGACGAUGACGAUGAAGAUGACGAUGACCAGAGCAAAGAUAGUGAAGAGUCCGAUUCCGAGAAGGAGCGUCAGAAGAAGAAGAAAUUAAAGGUUGUGACUUCAAAUCCUGGGCUCGGUAAGAAGGAAAAGCCCAGGUCUGAUGAGGCCCAAGAGGCCCAAGACCUGAGAGCGAGCCUGCAGCGCAGCACGGGCUCCGAUACCCCAAACUCAGCGCUUUCAGCACGUUCCCCAUCCCCCCCCACCCUGUCUCAAGCCUCCUCCCACCCCAGGGCCAAAGAUAAGGGCCUUCAGCAACACACCAGCGUCAUUCGGUCAGUGGGCCUGGCAGCUAGCGGCAAACCGUUAGCGCUUGUUGCUCACCCGCGCAGAGAGUCCUCUCCAAAACACGUCGCUGCCGCCACCACCACCUCUCCUCAACCUGCGGCAACCUCCCCAAAACCCUGGUCCACCUCUCCCAAGCAACACACGACCAAGCCCCAUCCCUCCUCCCCUCAGCACCUCCCCCUGUCUUUGUGUUCCUCCCCCAAGCCAGUAUCUGUCCCCUCUCCUCCCAAACCCCUGCCUCUCUCCUCUUCUCCCAAACCACCGCCUCUCACUCCCUCCCCGAAAGCGAAGUCUCUGGCCCAAAAAACCCAGGCCCCAGCACUGGAUGUGGUAACCAGCAGGAAGCUUCUGGAAGCCUCACUGUCUCAGAUUAGUGACUUCAGACUGAAGCAGGCCUUCCUCUCUCAAGACCAGGCUUUUCCACUACAGCUGGAAAAGUACCAGGAACUUUACAAGUCCCACAAGAAGGGGGGCGUGCUGUCUUCGUCGUCGACGUCGUCCUCUUCGACGUCGUCAACGUCGUCUCUCGUUCCUCCUAAGCUCACCCAGGAACCCCUCGGUCGGACCAAGCCCCCUCCGACCCCGAGCCUCCCGCCUGGCCUGCUCCUGUCGCACACGCUGCUGGGCCUCUCUCAGCCUAACGGAGUCAUUCAGACCACCGCCCAAGACGCCCCCCUGGCCCUCAUCACCAAACCCCGCGGCGACCUGCCCGUCAACCUCAGCACGGGCAGCAGGAACGCCUCCCGAGGCCCCGCCUCCCAAGGCCCCGCCUCCCAAGGCCCGCCCACUCCCCCGGGCCGGACCCGCGGGCCCAGGAAGAGCAAGACGCCCAAGGCGGCGGUGGAGGCGUGGAAGGGGAUCUCCCAGAACCACCUGGUGCAGUCUCUCGUGGACCUGUUCCGGCGCGGCGCCGAGCCGGACCUGCUGCCCGGGGCCAAAGAGUCCGACGACUCGGCCGAAGACGAGGAUGAGGAGGAUGACGAUGUUGACGACGAAGAGGAUGAGGAUGAAGAGGACACAGAUGACAGUCUGUCAGAGUCAGAAAGUAACUCUGACAGUGAGGUGAACGGUUCACAGGGGAAGAGGAGGAGUCGGGACCCGGUGGAAAUGGACAUAGAGGGUGAGAAAACCCCAGUGAAACUCAACAGGGGCCUGUCUCUCCUAAACGCAUCCACCAAUCACAGUCUUUCUGACUGCUCCCCACUCAAUCUCCAAGUCAUCAAGCCCUCCAGUGUGCCCACACCCACCAUUGUGAGCAGCUCCGGUGCCUUGACCUAUCACAGCUCCCCCUCCUCAUCCUACUCAGUUGGUACAUCCCCAGGCUCUGGAAAGAGAAAGCGUGUGAUGAACGAGGAGGACCUCCGGCUUCCUAUUGAGAUGGGUUGGCGACGAGAAACCAGAAUCAAAACGGUCGGAGGUCGUCUCCAGGGAGACGUAUCCUACUACGCCCCUUGCGGCAAGAGACUCCGACAGUACCCCGACGUGGUGAAGUAUCUAUCCAGAAAUGGAAUAAGUGACAUCACACGCGAUAAUUUUAGCUUCAGUGCAAAAAUCAGGGUUGGUGACUUCUAUGAAGCCAGAGAAGGACCUCAGGGUCUACAGUGGAGUCUUCUGAAAGAGGAGGAGGUCAUUCCUCGAAUCCUGGCCAUGGAGGGCCGGCGCGGGCGCCCCCCCAACUCGGAGCGUCAGCCGCGGGGGUCCAGCGAGGGCUCCGCCGGCAGGCGCAGGAAAGGCCGACCGCCCAACGUGGGCGAGACGGAGUUCCCCAGCCCCUCGGAGGCCAAGCUCUUGCGAAAACUGGAAGCGCAAGAAAUCGCUCGUCAGGCGGCUCAGAUGAAGCUGAUGAGGAGGCUGGAGAAACAGGCGCUGGCCCGAGCAGCGAAGGAAGCCCGAAAACAGCAAGCCAUGCUGGCGGCUGAAGAGAGGCGUAAGCAGAAGGAGCAGAUUAAGAUCCUCAAACAGCAGGAGAAGAUAAAGCGAAUUCAGCAAAUCCGGAUGGAGAAGGAGCUCCGUGCCCAGCAGAUUCUGGAGGCUAAGAGGAAAAAGAGAGAGGAGGCUGCCAACGCCAAAAUCUUGGAGGCGGAAAAGCGCAUAAAGGAAAAAGAGAUGAGGCGACAACAGGCCAUCAUCCUGAAGCAUCAGGAGUUGGAGAGGCAUAGGCUAGAUAUGGUAUGGGAGAGAGAGAGACGGAGGCAACACGUGAUGCUGAUGAAAGCAGUCGAGGCUCGGAAAAAAGCUGAGGAGCGGGAACGCUUGAGGCAGGAGAAGAGGGAUGAGAAACGGCUUAACAAGGAACGGAAGCUGGAACUGCGGCGUCUGGAGCUGGAGAUGGCCCGCGAGAUGAAGAAGCCAAACGAAGACAUGUGUUUAACUGAUCACAAACCGUUACCGGAGUUCUCUCGGAUCCCCGGCCUGGUUCUCCCGGGCCAGGUCUUCUCGGACUGUCUGACGGUGGUGCAGUUCCUGCGCUCCUUCGGGAAGGUGCUGGGGAUGGAGCUCUCUGAGGUGCCCACUCUGGGAGUGCUGCAGGAGGGACUCCUCAACCUGGGGAACAGCAUGGGCCAAGUCCAGGACCUGCUAGUCCGCCUGCUCUCCUCCGUGGUGUCUGAUCCGGGACUGCCCCCCGGGCACCGGGCCAAGUCUAUCCUGGGGGACCAUCUGACUAACGUGGGACUGAACAGGGACAACGUGUCGGAGGUGCUGCAGCUCUACAUGGAGGCUCACUGUGCUCAGACGGAGCUGGGUGAGCUGGCGGAGAGUAUGAAGACCAAAGCCUUCCAGGCCCACACGCCCGCCCAGAAGGCCUCCAUCCUCGCCUUCCUCGUCAACGAACUGGCCUGCAGCAAGAGCGUGGUCAGUGAGAUUGACAAAAGCCUGGAUCACAUGACCGUUCUCAGACGAGAUGAAGGCGCAGUGGAAGUCAAGCUCAAGAAGCUGAAGACAAUCCACGCCAAGCGGACGGGCAGACGCGAGGCCAGCGCUGGAGGGGAGGAGCCGCUGGCUGCAGGGACGCCCACCGCCGGCCACAAACGCAAGAGAAAAGGCGGAGACAGCGACGAAGACGAGGAUGAGGAGGAGGACAGUGACGAGCAGGGAGAAGACGAUGAAGAGGAGGAGGAGGAAGAAGGGAAGAAAGGGAAGAGGGUGGAGACGUGUGACGAGGAUGAAGGGGACCAAGCAACCAGUAUAGAGGAGCUGGAGAAACAGAUUGAGAAGUUAUCAAAGCAGCAGAACCUGAUCAGACGGAAGCUGUUUGAGGCGUCUCACGCGUUACGCUCCACGAUGUACGGGCAGGACCGUUACCGACGGCGUUACUGGGUGCUGCCGCAGUGUGGCGGAGUCUUCAUCGAGGCCCUGGAGAGUGGAGACGGACCAGAGGAGCUGGAGAAGGAGAGGGAGAGGCUAAGGAACGCGGAGGCCAUUGUGAUCAAAGAGGAGCCACAGGAGGAGGUGCAGCCGGAGGUGCAAGCCCAAGUGAAGGAGGAGGCCCAAGAGGAGGUGAAGGAGGAGGAGGCCAAGCCUGACCAGGAGCUGAGCCGUGAUGAAGGUGUUUGCGCCUCCCCUCCUCCGCCGGAGGGGCUCCAGCAGGAAGAUUCCGAGCAGCCAGAGCCCCUCACUAAACCCAGCCCGGUCCCAGAGGAACCCGCUCAGAUGGUCACCGAGGCCCCUGAUGGCUGCCCGGCAACUGUUACCGUGGCAACAGCUGGCUCACCUCCUCUCUACACUACCUCCCAGCCGGUGAUUCCUGGCGCAGACUCAAGCCCUUGCCCGGAACCUGUCGCCGUCGCCGCCGCCGCGCCCACAAUAAACCCGCCCAUCGCUCCUCCUGCUCUUCUCAGCAGCCCCGCCCCCCUCCAGCAAACCCCAGGCCUGUUACCCAAUGACCAGCUGCUGCGGGUGCUGACGGAGAGGAGCGGCCACUGGUUCAGCCUGUUACCCCGUUCACCCUGCGACGACUCAUCCCUGACCACUCCCUCUGUCAGUCAGCAGGGCUCCGCCCCCGCGCCCCGCCCUAAAUCCCCAACAGUCUCUGCACCUCAUCCCUCUUCUGUUAGCCCACUCAACGCCAUGGCCACAGGAAACAGUAACCUCACAAUGUCACCUCCACAGGUGAAACCAGUCGCUUCACUGAUGGGUUUGCCCAUGUGUGGAUGGUCGGUUGGGGUGGUGAGCCCCAACGUGCCCCACUGUAGCAGCCCAGUGCCCGUCUACCCGUCAGCCGAGGGCAGCGCCAGCCCCCUGCUGGCUCCCAGUGUCUCCACCAGCAAGAGCGGCUCUCCGGUGCCCCUCGGAGAGAAGCUCCAGUCUGCGUCCUCGCCCGCCAUAGAAAUGCCCAGGAACCAGGACCAUCCGGUACCGCAGCCCAUUCCAGAGGACAUGCUGACAGGCUGGUGGAAGGUGUGUGACAUGGAGGAGCUGCGUUCUCUGAUGUCCUCCCUCCACAGUCGGGGAAUCAGAGAACGAGCACUGCAGAAACAGAUCCAGAAAAACAUGGAGCUUAUCGCCCAGACCUGCUCCAAGAAUAGAGACGUGGCGGUCAUGGAGGUGUCAGAACUGGACGAGGGCCAGGUUUCUGUGGAAACGCUGCAGGAGUGGUGUGUGGAGGAGCAGGCCAUGGAGACGGACAUCGCUCUGCUCCAGCAGGUGGAGGAACUGGAGAGGAAGGUCACGUCUGCCAGUCUACAAGUCAAGGGUUGGAUGUAUCCCGAACCCCAGUCCGAAAGGGAGGACCUGAUAUACCACGAACACAAGCCCCUCCCCAAGCACCGCCCGGGGGCGGAGCCGCAGCCGCAGGAAGAGCGGGGUUCCGACCGGGGCAUGACGCGCCACCCGAGCAACCCGUUGGACAUAGCGGUGACGCGGCUGGCAGAGCUGGAGCGCAACAUUGAAAGAAGGUACCUGAGGAGCCCCUUAGGGAGCACCAUCCAGAUCAGGCUGGAUAAUGUGGGUACAGUCACUGUCCCCGCCCCCGCUCCAUCCGCUAGCGCAGGCGGGGAAGGGGGAGAGGAGGAGAUCGCUCCCGGGAUGAAGGUGUGGAGGAAGGCUCUGUGCGAGGUGCGUAACUCCUCCCAGCUGGCCAUGUGUCUACAGCAGCUCCAGAAGUCCAUCGCCUGGGAGAGAUCCAUCAUGAAAGUCUAUUGCCAGAUUUGCCGUAAAGGAGAUAACGAGGAUCUGCUCCUGCUGUGUGACGGCUGCGAUAAAGGCUGCCACACCUACUGCCACAAACCCAAGAUUAACACCAUACCCGAGGGCGACUGGUACUGCCCUGCCUGCAUCUCCAAGGCAAGUGGUCAGUCUCCCAAGAACAAGAAACCCCAGAACCGUGUGUCAGGCGGCACAGGUAAGAAGGCGACCGACUCGGCCAAGCGGAACAGGAAGCCGUCAGAGAUGUCUGAGGAAGAUGGGGCGGCAGCAGGAGCGGGGGCAGCGGCGGCGGCCAGCACCAGCAGCACCACCCCAAAGAAAGCACCGCCCAAGGAGUCCAAGAAGAACACGCCCACAACCACGCCUAAACAGGACAACCAAGGCCAGUGUGUGAAGAGAGCCAAGACGGCCAAGGACAACAACAGGGACCUGGGCCUCUGCAGGAUUCUCCUGGCUGAGUUAGAGCGCCAUCAGGACGCCUGGCCCUUCCUCACGCCCGUGAACCUCAAGUCGGUCCCCGGAUACCGCAAGAUCAUCAAGAAGCCCAUGGACUUCUCCACCAUCCGAGAGAAGCUCGUUAGCAGCCAGUACCAGAACUUGGAAACUUUCAUCAUCGACGUCAACCUGGUGUUCGACAACUGCGAGAAGUUUAACGAGGACAACUCCGACAUCGGCCGGGCGGGGCACAACAUGAGAAAGUUUUUCGAGAAGAGGUGGACGGAGCUUCUGAAACAAACAAACUGAGCUGUUGGGAGACACUGCGCUCAGGAUCUCCAAGACGACUCGACAUUUCAAAAAAAAAAACUACAGAGAGAAAAUUUCACAUCCGGAAAUGACCAGAGAGCAUCUAGCUAGAACCGACAAGUCAGUUAUUUUUUUCCCUUUUUU